AUGCCUGCAUUUGUCCGAGAAUACAAGCUCGUUGUCGUAGGCGGUGGUGGUGUGGGUAAAUCGGCAUUGACCUCACAAUUUGUACAAUCGCAAUUCGUUCAAGAGUACGAUCCAACCAUUGAAGAUUCUUAUCGGAAACAGUGUAUCAUUGAUGAUGAAUCGGCUCUGCUAGAUGUAUUAGAUACGGCUGGACAAGAAGAAUACAGUGCGAUGCGAGAACAGUACAUGAAAAAUGGUGAAGGGUUUUUAUUGGUUUAUUCCAUCACCUCCCGUGUUUCAUUCGAGGAAAUUCGAGAAUACCAUCAACAAAUCCAACGCGUCAAAGAUCGUCGUUCUUUUCCCAUGGUAUUGGUCGCCAAUAAAUCCGAUCUGGAAUCUGAACGUCAAUUAUCUUCUCAAGAGGGACGGGAUCUUGCUCAGUUAUUUGGGUGUCCUUGGAUUGAAACAUCGGCCAAGCAACGAUACAACGUGGAUGAAGCUUUUUAUCAGGUGGUACGCGACAUUCGAGAACACAAUCGACAGCAGCAAACAAUGGAAACCGCCCAACGGUUAGCGCAACAGAACAAUCUUGUGGAAAAGGACGUGGUGAAAGAAGGCUAUUGUACGUCACGAAAUUGUUGCUUACUCAUGUGA